UCGGCCUUUACCUCAUUUCGGAACCCCAUCUUCCGAGCCGGCGUUGGUAAUGAGCAAGCAGCGCAGCAUGAAGCGGGCGGCCCAAGACGUCCCCGCCCACCCGAUGCUCAAGAAGCGCAAGGCCGGCCUCGAGACGCCACCGCUGCAUGAGAUACCGCCGACACCGCAGGGCCCGGCGGCCAUGAUGCCACCGACGCCGGCGUACGGCCAGGCCGAGGCUGCCGAGACGUCGCGCGCCGCGCCGGCGCCGCCCGUCGACAUGAACCCCGUGACGCAGCGCAACUUUCGCGGCUGGCAAGUCGGAUCGCGCUACCGCCUCGUGCGCCUCCUCGGCAAAGGCUCGUAUGGCCAGGUGGCCGAGGCCUUUGACGUGCUCAAGAACAAGCGCGUCGCGAUCAAGAAGAUCAUCAACGUCUUUGACCAGGAGGUUGACUGCAAGCGCCUGUACCGCGAGAUCUACAUCUUGCGCCACCUCCGGCAUUCGGAGGUCAUUACGCUCCUCGACGUCCUCGAGCCGCCCAACCUCGAGACGUUCAAGGACCUCUACCUCGUCUUUGAAUUUGUCGACACGGACCUCCACAAGCUCAUCAUGAGUCCGCAGUAUCUCACGACGCGCCAUAUCCAGCUCUUCUUGUACCAACUGCUGUGCGGACUCAAGUACGUCCACAGCGCCAACGUCAUCCACCGCGACAUGAAGCCUGCCAACAUCCUCCUCAACGAAGACUGCACGCUCAAGAUUUGCGACUUUGGCCUCGCGCGAGUCGUGGACGCGGCCAUCUACAAGGACCUAGGCGAGCCGGUCUCUCCGCAGUACCACCAGCGCAUCCGGUCGCCGACCGACGGCGCCACGCCCAAGUUUCAGCGCCAGCUCACCAAGCACGUUGUGACGCGCUGGUACCGCGCGCCCGAGCUCAUUUUGCUCCAGGACUACGGCUACGCAGUCGACCUCUGGAGCGUCGGGUGCAUCUUCGCAGAGCUCUUGUCGAUGCAAGCCGAGAGCUACCCGCAGUACCAGUCGCGGACGCCGAUCUUUCCGGGCCGGUCGUGCUUUCCGCUGAGCGCCGACCGACCGACGACGUACUCGGACAAGCUCGACCAGCUCAACGUCAUCUUUGGCGUCAUUGGCACGCCCAAGGAAGAGGACAUUGGCAACCUCGGAGAGGUCAAGCAGUACCUCCGGAAACUCAACAAGAAGGAGCCCCGGGACCUGAAGGAACUCUACCCCGGCGCGCCACCCGAGGCGCUCGACCUCCUCAAGCAAUUUCUGACCUUCAACCCCGACACGCGCAUCAGCGUGGAAGCGGCGCUCCAGCACCCGUUCUUGAACGAGGUGCGGUCACUGCGGAAGGAAGCAGUGGAGCUGCAGCCGCUUGAUAUGGGCUUUGAGAACGUGCCGUUGGACCGCGCGCAGCUCAAAGCGCGCAUCUACGAAGAGAUUCAGUGCUUCCAAGCGCUCAACGCCGAGGCCGAUGCGCAGGCCCAACGCGCCGCCGAGAGCAGCGCCAUGAGCAAAGUGGUGCCAAUGCCACAGGACCUGCCCGCCGCAGGUACGACGACGACGACGACAUGAGCACGAUUAGAAGAGGAACGCGUCUGUAUGUAUAAAUCGAUUAACUAGCAAGUGGUGUACCAAUAUAUUAACUAAUACUAGUGCGAAGAGC